GCAGGGGUAGGGUAAUGUUCGGGCGCAAGCCCCGCUGCACGGCCUUAUCCUGAACCAGCUUGUGGGUGGGGAUUGUGGGCACAGAUCGUAUCCCCGUAAGAGGUCGGCGGCAUCAUGCUGACCAACCGCGGCACCGCUUGCUACAGCGCCCCAGAGAUCCACGCCCAGCGCAUCUGGAACGAGCGCGUGGACCUGUGGUCCGGCGGCCUGAGCAUCUGCUUCAUGCUGCUGGGCCGCCUGCCCUUCCGGGCGGGCAGGGACUCCGUGCGCCGCGCGCUGAAGAGCGGGCUGGCGCCGCCCAUGGACUUCUGCAAGCUGCCGUGGCUGCUGGGCAACCUGGCGCAGCAGUGCCUGGCGCCGGACCCGUGCGACCGCCCGCCCGCCGUGGAGCUGCUGGCGCACCCGGCGUUCGGCGACGGCUCCGCACGAGCGGCGGGCUGCUGCGCACGCGGAUGCCGCGAUGCUGGGUAGGGGGGCGGAGGAGUGCGGCGCCGCCGU